AAUUUGAAUGAAUGUCAUGUGUUAUGAGAAUGAGGCCUUAAUUAUUAUAUUAAUUUAAUGUUUGGAAUGAGAAGUGCAAGUGGCGACUGGUAAUCUACAAUUUAUUCUUGUUGUUGAAGUGGUGACUACCAGUCAAUAAACCCAAUAACUUUAGGGUCAUAAAUAAAAUAUUUGUAACCAACUUGAACUAUCAUGGGCCGUAAUAAGAAAAAGAAGAGCGACAAAAAAGAAAACAUUCAGGAGAGUUCAGAAAAUUUGGAAUCCAACAAUCCUCAUGAAGAUAGUAAAAACAGCGCAGAUGGACAAGAAGAUAGCAGUGAAACUUCAGAAAGUAAGACUAUGAAAAGGUUGCAUGAUAGUGAACAUUCAGAUACUGAAGAAGAUGAAUCAAAAAAACCUAAAAAGAAGAAAAAGUCUUUACCAGUUCCAGAUGAGGCGACAAGUAAGAAAAAUAAAAAGUCAAAACGGCAAAUAAAAAGGGAGAAAUAUGCCGCUAAACUUGCAUUAGAUCAAGCAAAUGCUAAGGACCAAACUAAGUCGCAAUGUCUUAAUUAUUUAUCUCAGUGGAAACAUGACAGGCAAAACUGGAAGUUUAUGAAAGCCAAACAGGUUUGGCUUCAUAAAAACAAAUUUUCAACCCAUUUAAUACCAGAAUCUUCUUGGCCAAUAUUUAUAGAAUAUUUUGAAUCUGCUAAAGGUAACAUUAAAAUUUUACUUCUAGAAGAUGCUAAUAAAAUCAUAAAACAAAUGGAUGAAUGGACAGAAUCACAAACUAACAUGAAUGCUGCUGAGGGUGACACAGAACAAUCUGAAUCUACUAGUGUAGUGAAACCAGAUGACACAGUUUAUAAAAGAGCUAGAAGUAUUAUACAAUGUUUACAGGAAUAAAACUUUUUACACAA